AGUAUGAUCGAGAUCGGUUCUGUUGUUAUAUUACAAUUUGGCUGUUGGAUCUCGACAUUCCGAUCUCGUGUCAACAAAGACUCGUAGCGCGUAACACCAUUCAUUCAUUCAUGGAGAAACUUUGCAUACAACUGUUCAUUCCAGGGAGCAGCUGUUUGUCAGUGGUUGUUAUUUAAAACCGAUCAUAUUUCAUGCAGGUAUAAGACGUUUUAUCACCAGAAGACAAUGGAUUGUUCUUUAGACAGAUCCAUCUAAGCUGUCAAAUGAUGCUGUGACCCCUACACAUCCCACAACAUGGGAUUCAGAUAGAGUUAUCUCCUCUUGUUACCAUGGUAAUUUGGCAAGAAGGAGGCAACAAUGUCGGGAAGAGGUGCUCAGAAUGGUUCCGAUCAGAACUACGAGGAGAUAUCUAUGAUAGGCAAUGGAGCAUAUGGAACAGUUUACAAGGCUCGCGACUUAAAAAAUGACGGGCAAAUUGUGGCCAUGAAACGUAUUCGCAUCCAGAACACGGAAGAAGGGAUGCCUAUGAGUGCAAUACGGGAGAUAGCUCUUCUUAAACAACUGGAAAACUAUGAGCAUCCCAAUAUUGUCAGAUUACUUGAUGUUCGCCAUUCCCAGGCAACAGCAAAUGAAAUCCGACUCAUGCUGGUGUUUGAAUACAUUGACCAGGAUCUAUCAUCAUACUUAGAGGGUUGCCCAUCUCCUGGACUUGGACCAGACAGGAUCAAGGACCUGAUGUACCAGCUACUGAAUGGUGUAGACUUUCUACAUGCCCACAGAAUUGUACACCGUGACCUAAAACCGCAGAACAUCCUGGUCACUGGGCAGGGUCAGCUCAAACUGGCAGAUUUUGGACUCGCCAGGGUGUAUGGCUUCCAGAUGGCUCUAACUUCAGUGGUGGUGACGCUAUGGUACAGGGCACCUGAGGUUAUACUCCAGGCAGCGUAUGCCACUCCUGUUGAUAUCUGGAGCUGUGGCUGUAUAUUUGUGGAACUCUUCAAUAGAAGACCUUUGUUUUGUGGAGAUUCCGAUAUCAAUCAACUGUCAAAAAUAUUUGAGGUGCUUGGUCUGCCCUCGAAGGAGGAUUGGCCAGAAAGUGUGACGUUGCCAUGGAACUCCUUCAAACCGCUAGCACCUAAAUCUCUGGAACAGCUUAUCCCAGAGAUUGAUCCAGAUGGAAAGGACCUUCUGGAGAAAUUAAUUCAGUUUAAUCCACAUAGUCGAUUAAGUGCCCGGACGGCGUUACAACACAGCUAUUUUCGGGAUGAUCUGGAUAGCCUACGGACUUCAAGUUCACUCUCUGUAUCAGAGAGUGACUCCUGUGACAAUGAUGGAAGGUCAGACACUCCUGUCAGUAAGUAGUGGUCAUAAAUAUGGAGUCAUGUGAUCACUAAUACGGAGUCAUGUGGUGAUAAAUAUGGAGUCAUGUGAUCACUAAUACAGAGUCAUGAUGUGAUCACUAAUGAGGAGUUAGGUGGUCAUGAAUAUGAAGUCAUGUGAUCACUAAUGAGGAAUCAUGUGGUUAUGAAUAUGAAGUCAUGUGAUCACUAAUAUGGAGUCAUGAUGUGAUCACUAAUGAGGAAUCAUGUGAUCAUGAAUAAGGAGUCAAGUGAUCACAAAUAGUCAUGUGAACAGUGAACAAUCAUGUGAUCAUCAGAAACAAAUCAUGUGAUCAAGACUUAAAUGAUUCUCAUUAUUAGUAAAAUGAAAUGGGAUCAGUAAAUGUUCAACUUCGACUAUAGAUUUCAAGUUCAACCCAGACUGGAAUUGGAAUAGAAUUUUAUGGAUGUGAUGAGAUUCCGAAAGAAGAAUAGAUUUUACUUUAACGGAACUCAUUCAUAGAUAAUAAAGAAGUUUGAGAUAGUGCCUGACAUCGGUAUAACUAAUUGUGGUACAGUAAUUGCUAUGAUAUACCAUUUCGUUGUAGAGAAGUAUAUAGGCUUAAUGUCUGUUAACCUAUUGAUUUAGAAAAAAAUGUAUCCCCUCCAGAGUCAUGACAACAUGUGGUUGUCAUACCCACCCACUAUUUAACAUCAGAGUUUGUGUUGGCCCGCUGACCUUAUUGAAGGUAUACAGGACUCAUGAGGGGAUUUGUAUCCUUGGUGAUGUCUUAAUGAUUAAUUCAAGUUUGUCAUCAGUAGGUUCAAAUUAUUUAACAGUGGUUUUUGGAAUACUGCCCCAGUAGAGUUGCACAUCCUCUAACACUACUGUUUUAGUACCUCCAUACUUACGAUGAAACAUAAUCAAUAAGGGAAGGCAAAAAAUUGUCAAACCAUUUUUGCAUAGAUCUUCUCAAAGAUUAGAAAUUCAAAUGUGUAUGAAACAUGUAUUUUAAAAGAUAUAUUCAAAUUUAUUUGGGAAAACACCUUCCUUUAUGCAGUUUAUGGGAAGGACAGAAACUAAUGUCAAGAUACAAUUACUGCCUUACACCAUCAUACCGUCCAAAAUCAAUUAUGCAACAAACAUGUCAGUCUUGGCUUCCUGAUGUACCUCAUUCUUAAUAAGAAAAAAGGAAACCAUGUUUAUCUGUAGGGCAGCGUUUCUGUCAUCUUAAUGAUUAUGUAGAUCAAAUUUUGUUGAUUUAAAGUAUGAAAAGAAUAUUUUUAACAUUAUUUUCAGUCAUCAUCUACGUUUUAAUGGGGGAUGAGCUGUUUCAUCCUCUUGGUGCCAUAUGUUUGCCUAUUUUAACUGCCGGGUGUAUACAAGAGAUCUCAGCUAAGUUUUGUAUAUUUGAAUAGUUAACAGCAAAGGUAAUUAGUAGUCACUGAAUCACAAUAGCUAAAUCACAACUAAUGAUUUUUUUUACACCAAUCAUAAUUGCAACAUGGAUAUUUAUUUUCAUACUGGUUAAUUAAAGUAUUCAAAAUACUAUAACUGAUAAGAAACUAACAUUUAAAUCAACACUUUAUCUACCUUAAGCACAUUUUUGUUUGUUGUUAAUUUUUAGGUGUGGUUAAUGUUUGCAUAAUAUUAGUAUUUUACAAAAAAAUCUGUAUCAUUUCACGAAUUUGUGCUCAAAAAGAUGUCUCAAAAUAUUAAUUUUGUAUUCAUGAGCGUAGUAAGAAUAUGUAGUUUUCAUUGAUUGAGAUAUCAUUUUUCAUCAAUAUCAAUAAUAUAGAUAUCAAAAUUAUCAUUUUACACCAUCUAUGAAAUGUUACUCAAAUUGAGGAACAUGAACAAGGGGAGGUAAUUCCUGUCAGCUAUGGUUGUUUCUCAGCGUACACAAAAAGUAUUAGAACAAUUUUCUUUGAUAUACUUACUAAAAUGUUAGAAUAUUAUUUUUAACACAGAAAAACACACUUUUCCACAGAAGUUUUACACUAUGAAAAUAAUCAAACCAAGAUAUAGUUUGUUUUAAAAGUGCUAUUCUUAACAUUAACAUUUACCACACAUUACAUGUUGAUAAAAUGACAAGUUUUCAUGAUUUUCUUUCAAAAUGGAGAUAUGGAUAUUUCUUGUCAUAUACAUGUAUAAAUUAUUGCUAAAAUGAGCAGUAGAUGUAAAUUUCGGAUGUUAAACUUGAUUUUUAAAUAAAAAAAUAAACAGCAGAUUUUUUCUACAUUUCUAUUCCACAGAUUUUGUAUCAUGUGAGAAGAAUUAUGGGAUAAUUAUAAACAGAAAUAUCACGGUGAAAAGAUACAUGUAGAAAGCCAUAGACUAUUCUGAUGUCAUUCUUAUCAUGUCAAAGUUCACAUUAAAGUCAAGGGUCAUUGAAUUAACCAAUGGAAUUGCUUCAAACUCUUCUUCAUGGUCAUAUGUGGGGAUCAUGUAAAUGUUUUGGUACAAAUUAUCAAAAUUGAUUUGUACAAUUAAAAAAAAUUAAUUAAUCUUGUCUGCUCUGUCAAUUAAUUGCCAUGUAUGUAUAUUUGUGAAUAAUGUUCCACUUUGUCAUUCACUAAUGCAUGAGUUGAAUGAAGGAACUUUUAGUAUCCCUUUUGUUGUUUGUAUCACGCUGUGAAUAAGUUGAGUUUUUGUUUCUGAUUUUCUCAUUGUUGUUUUUAAUGUUUUUUUUCUUUGUACAUAAUAUAGACUGUUACUUCCUUUCUAAUUUACACUAGGUACCAUGUAACAAUGACUGGGUGACCACACUUUCACGAUCAAAUAACUCUAGUGUGUUUUCUAAGUAUUGGAGCUGUCGACUAACUGUCACAGAAAGAGCCGAGAGCAACUUGGCAUAGAAAUGCCAUGAAUUGAAACAAUGCUUUUUUUUAAUAACAUUAUAUGCAUUCAUUAUGACAAUAUUCUGAGAAGUUUUGUACAAGAAAAAAUAUUCCCCAAUUCAAACAGAAUUUAUUAUCAAUUUGUAAAAGCUAAAAAAAGGUUGUCAAUUAAGUUUUACAGAUUUACAAUUUGACAUUAAAAAAUAAGUUGUGAUUUGUUAAAAUGGAUACAGUGAAUUGUUAAAAUUCACUUUAAGUUGAAUUAUACAAUUUUCAUGUCUUUGGUUUCCCUUUUUUUUAGGAUUUUGAUGGCAUUUUUAGGAUUUUUGUGACAUUUUUAAGACCUACAUGAUUUAUUCAGAGGACAUUGACAUUGGGGCAUUGAUGACAUUUUCAGGAUUUAAGCUAGAUGGUACAAUUGGAUAAAAACUUUUUCUGUUUGGAACUUCUUGGCUCUUUAUUGAUGUAGGUUUUAAUAAUUAGAUGGUUAGCAGUAAUCACUGUUGUGAUGCUGUUUUAAUGAGAAUAUGGAAAUAUUGUUUUACAGAUUUGACUGUUAUGUAAAUGAAUCUAUAUACUUUUAUUUUCCUUUAUAUGUACACUAUAUAUACAAGGAAGACUUUUAUACCUGUUUUUAUAUUCAUUUUGAACAUGUUGCUGUAUAUGAUUGCAAAUUCCAAUAUUAUUUGUGCCGUGUAAGUCUUUUUCUUGUAGAUCUUAUGUUGGUAUAAACCCCAGGAGAAAUAGCAUCUCAAAUGUCGGUUUGACAUGUCGGAACCAAUAUUGAUCUUUUAAGAAAUAUCAGAUCUAGAUAAAUUUAUUAUUGUACAAAUGUACCUUAAAGUCUAUAUCAGAAAAUUGUUCUGAUAUUGGUACAUCAACACGAACUUCUUUCCUGUAUAUGUUAAUUAAUUCAACUUUAAAAUUUCAAAUUUCAUUGAAUGGUUUGUAUUUAUUUUACAAAGCAAAAUAUUUUUCUUAAUUUUUUAUGAACAUUUAGAACGUUUUCAGGAAAUGUUGUGAACAAAAUGUUUUGUUUACAAAGUAAAUAUAAGAAUUAGAUCACAUGUUGUUUAAGACAAACAGUGAUUUUAUAGGAUUGUUUUUCAUAAAAAAAGGUCAGAUUUAGGGAUUUUCUUUCUGUAUUCAUGUGAAGAUUCAUAUCAUGCAUAAACCAUCUUGAUCAGAAUCAUAACUGAUACUUUUUGUAUUACAUUUGUAGUAAGGAAAUACUUCACUUUAGGUCAGAAUCAUGUUAAUAAAAGCUGUUAAGUUUACAGAAAUGGCCAUGUUGGCCUAAAUGUAUUUUUUUUUAACCAUGAAAUGCAAACAUUCCGUCAAAAAUACUUGGACCAACUUGUUACAACAUUCUGUUAAUAAUUAUUGUUGGAUUUUACAUAUCUAAGUUAAGUAGCUGAUUUAUUAGGUCAUGCAUAUGAGAUUGGUGGAUUUGAAAUUCCUUUAAGUGUUUUUAAAACUUGAAACCUGACUAGGGAAAGAUUGUAUUAGAUUGGAAAGAUGUGUGAAAAGUUUUUUUUAUGUUUGAGAUAUGUCUGCACAAAUUGUUAGCUAAUUAACAAAUCAGAAAAAAACCUGUUUAUAAAAAAAAGAAUCUCUGUGAUAAGAUGUUAAUGGUAGUUAUAUGACAAUGCACUAGAAAUUACCAGACAAUGUUAUUUUUUUAAAUAAAGAAAAAGCAGCGCAAUUAUUCAAUAUCAAAACUGUUUGAUAGACCACAUAAUAUUGUUACUGAAGACGUCAUUUUUGGAAGUUGUAAGAGAAGAAAGAUGGCCUAGCCUGUUAUAAUACAUAUGUGUUUUAUAGAUAAUUUGUCAAUUGUAAACAUGUUCAAACAUUACAGGAGUAACAUUGUUUUAUGUUGCAUUUUUAUUGAAAUCUUAAAUAUUAUUACCACAUGUACAGAUUGAUCAUGAACAUAGCAAUAACUGUAUAUAAAACAUAUACCACCAUGGUUCCAUCUGUACUCAGUCUGACCGUCCCAGAAAUGGUGUUGCUUAUUAUACAAUUUGUGUUUUUCAGCUGGUUUGGUUAAUUGUUAAAGUUUUGAUAAUUAAUUACAUGUUUUAGAACAGAGACAACUGCACCAUUGAACAGUGCUACUUUGAUCUGAUAUGCCAAACAUUCCAACAAUUUCACCGAGACAUUCAAACCUACUUGUAAAUGAAUUCUGUGUAUUUGUGUGUACAUCAUCUGAUUAACGAGGAGAAGUCAUGAUCGUAACCCAAAUGGUUAAUGAAGGGGGUAUUUCAGAUUGUUUUGAAAUUUAAUGUAACAUUUUGUACACAGUUUAUCUUCUAGAUGGAGGACGAUAACUACACAUACAUGUAUAAAAUUGUCAUUGACAUUUAUAUUUGAUAUUGUCUUGGUGUUGCAUACUGUAAAAUUUUCAACUCCCCUUUAAGAGAGCUUUGUUUGUUAACAGAACACCAUACCUUUUUCACAGAUAUCAUUUUGGACAUAUUAUCUGACGUAAAAUCAAAUUUAUCCCAAGUUUCAUGCUUUUUGCCUUAUUGCCUUUGUGAUAUACAUUGAAGUUUUAAAUUUUGUGUAUAAAUGUACCUUACGUUGAACCUGUGAUUGGCCAAGGUGAUAUUACUGUUAAACAUGCUGUUGUAUGAUCAUUAGGGGGGAUUUUUACAGUGCGGCUCGUCACAGGUAUGUAAUGUAAUUUGAACUGUUUGAUAAAUGUAUGUUUAAUUUGGUACAAGACACCAUUGAUAUUUGCUUUGUUGUUGUAAUCAAAUGCUUUUUUUUGGAAAGUUUAUUACAUUCGGCAUUCCAAACCAAACUCGAGUUCUCUCAUCUGGUUAAAUUAGACCAAGUCUUUAAAAUAUCAAUAUCUGCUUACCAUUCCUGAAAAGUGCAAGUUAUGGAACACAAAAUAUAUUUUUACUAAUCAUGAUUUGUGCCAGAGUUAAAUAUUUGUUGACAAAUACAUUAAGUAGGCACAAACAUUUCUCUGAUAACUUAACCAGUCAAUUUAUUGUUAUUAGAUAAAAAACAUUGAUCAAGGGAGAUCACUCUAGCAUAAAUAUCUAGUGUACUACAGUAAAGGUAAAAAAAUAUGUAUUGAGAAAUAUAUCUGUUACAAUAUCGGGGUAUUAUACUAACUGUCUCCAUCUCUGGAAUUAUUUUUAUACAUUGAUGAUGAACUUUUUAUAUGGAUUCCAAAUUAUAGAUGUAUGUUAUAAUGAUUUAUGAAUUAAACCAGAGCUAAACAGAUGUUUUACUAACUCAUUUUCCCAUUCUCCUGAAGCAAUGCUUUAACACAAUAUUAUAAUGAAUAUGCUACAUUUCACUGCCAGCAAAUUGUAUUUGUCUCAGAAAUGUACCUCAUCAGUUUUAGGUCCAUAUACUGAAAUAAGUUAUAUUAUCCAGCUCCAGCAAGCCUUUGGACAUUGAUUACUUUUGUAACAAUGGAAAGCUUUUACAAAUGUCCUCAAAAUAAUACAGUUCUUUUGUCAUACAAGUAUUUGAUUACUGCUAUGGACAUAGUUAUUAUACACAUUUCCAGUCACAAGUUCCACUAGUUGUCAUGUCAACAGUAUCCCAUAAUACCAUGUAGUUACAUCAGUCAUUUUAGACACAAUAAUUUUUUUGUUUUUUUUAGAUUCAUUGAAAGAACUAAACCUGAAAAUUGAUUGUGAUUGAUUAGAAAAAUGUCUGAAUCAGUUAUCUCUCCCAUUUUUAUACCAAACCAUUCUAGAUUUAGUACCAAUACACUCUUUGUUUUGAUGUCAUAUAGUAGGAAAAGAAGGGUUAUUGAUUCAGAGGAAGGUCUAUUAAACCGGUAAACCCUUGGAUUAAGGUAUGAUUUUGAUGUUUGUGAUAUAGAGGAACAUGGUGUAUGGGAUAUAUAUGAGCCCCAUGAGCUGCUAUUGUCAUUGUUUGGUAUUAUUUGGAAUACCCUUGCCACAAAUCAAAUACACACACGUGAUAAUUAACUAAAUCAUGAUACAGUUAUGUGUUCUAAAUUGUGUUAAAGUUCGUUGAAGAUUUUUGCUCAUUUUCUGCAGUCUUGUACAAACCAUGUGUGAAUUCCAGUUCAUCUUUUCUGUGAUAUGAAUUGUAGAUGAACAAUUAAUGAACAUUUUAUUUUAAUAGUAAUCAAUUUAAUUAUCAUAACGUAAUAGUAUUGAUUACGAUCCUCAGAACAAUGCUCCUACAUGGGAAUUGAACAAUAAACUUUAUGAAAAGAGGAACAGUUAUAAGAACAUAAUUUUAAUAGCAUUUGAUAUACUAAAGUGAUGUAGAUAUAUCUUAUUUGAUAUUAAAUUUUCGUAGACAUGUUAUACUUUAGCCUUGGUUUUGACCUGUGUCAAAGUACAUUUUACCUGCCGAAAAUCGUAUCUCUCUGCACGUGAUGUAGCGUGUAACAUCCGGAUUAUAAUAGGACGUACCAAAAUCGUUAGUGUUUCAAGCUUUUCGUCUUAUGUCUAUUAUGUUAAAAUAUCACGUGUUUACGUAUACCACGUGUUAACACGGCCUAAUUAAAAUCCCACCCCCGAUUUCAGUACUCUUAUAUAACUGACUGGUUGAACACUUUCAUGUAAAUAAUUUUGUAAUUUAAGGAAUGUGCAUGCUUGAUUUUAUAUUGAACUGAUUUUUUUACAUUCUAUAUUUCCGGAUGUGGUGUUUUAUAGUCAAGUCAGCUGAUUAUUUUGUGGGCUAAAAUAUCUGUUUUGUUUUUAUGUCAAACCAGAGAUUGUUUUUGGCCUGUUUAAUUGUCAUAGAUUCUUUGAUUUGACUGAAAGAUUUUGUAAAAAGAAAUAAGAUUGAUCGGAUUUGCAGUCAUAGUAAACGAUAUGAUCUAUAUCAACUUUCAUAAUCCUGCAUAUAGUCACAUCAAUGUUGAUUUUUAUCAAUGUUCAGCUAUCAGACUUGACGCUAUUGUCCCUGUAUGUUAAACUGCCAUUAAUUGUGCCUUACCUGAAAUAACCCCCACCCCUCCCCCCUUCCGAUGUAUGUAAACAUUUUGAACGCCCAGACUCGAGAAACAUCUCGGGUGGUCGAUAGCGAAACUUCAGUGUAUUUCAUUGCCUACCAGUGUAGGAAAUGAUGUUGAAUUCGUUAAAGAGGUUUGUUCUAUAUAGGGUACGUUAAGUAUCACUAUCAAGUUUUAUAUAGAAUUGUUUUAACAUUCUAUAAUACGAGUUGUUUACAAUAUGAUAUCAGUGUCAAUCUGAUGUCACAUUGGCUAUAUGAUCAAACGUGGUUUCAGUGUUGGGUUUUAUGAUAUAUAUAGGUAAUUAACUGUUGUACAUUACACGGUGAUCACGUCAACACAUUCUGUUUGUGAGCAGUUUAUUGUUCUUUAUAUAUACGGGACCACUGUAUACAUAAUGGUAUCACUUCCUGCCAAUAAACGCCUCCGAAAUUUUAA